UGCCAACAGCAAAAAUUAAAUAGUGAAAUUACUAAAUGUUGCUAUGGCAACAGAACAUAACAAAACCCCGAAAAAUCAGUAUUGCUUUAUUUUUGUCUCAUUAAAAUGAACGAUGAACAGAUAGAGCUACAAUGUUUUAAUAAAAACAAAUUGAACCAAAGUGAUUCAGAGGAGUAUCAUGAAAUAAGUAAUGCAGCAUUACAAGAAACUCUAUUCUCACCUAAACGCCCAGUUACACCGGUCAAAGAAUAUGAUUUUUUUACAAAUCACGACACGGGUACAUUAAAAAAACAAUCAACAAAGAAGAAGAAAAAGAGAAAAGUAAAUAGACCGAGAACUAUAACAGAUGUAAUUAGUUCGGAGCUAGCAAGCACACAACUUCUGAUUGAAAAUAAUAUUAUGGUAGAUGCUGAUGACCGGGUCAGUCAUUUAGAGAAAAAAUCUCGGAUUCACCAAAUUUUGAACUCAACCGGAUUUCGAAAUGAAGAUGCUGAGAAUGGAUUAAAUUGUCUUCAAACGGAUCAUAUCAGUCCAGUGUUUCCUCGAGUUCUUGAAAACAAUGCCAGUAAAGAAGCAAGUAUAUCUGUGCAAUAUAUAGAACCAUUAUUGUUUAGUGACGUGGUAACAGAAUAUAUACAAAGUGGCACAAAACAAACUCCUAAAUUCUUAGAUAUUAUAUUAAAAAAUAUAAGAUUUAAGCAUCACCACGAGUUUUCUCUCGAAAAAUUAUGCUCUUUAAAAUUAAUUGAGUAUUAUGAAAAAUAUCAGAACACUACUAAUAUAAUAAAAGACAUUAUUAAGAAAAUUGACGUUAACAAAAGAACAAGAAUAAGUUUAAAAGAAAAAUUGCUUAAAAUAAGUCCAAACAGAAAAGAAGAUAUAAGAUAUGAUACAAAUAUACUAAAGUAUACGAAAAUCAUGCUAGAAUGGAAGAAGAAGUAUUAUCGCACCUUAGAAGAACAGAGAGAAAAUGUUCAUCGAAUUAUUUCUAUCUGGGCAGAUAUUGAAAUGAUCAGAGAAAAAUCUGGCCUGACUAAAACAGAUUACUUACUGGAAAUUACAAAUAAUAAAAUAGAACAAGAUGAAUUUGAAAAACAAUGGAACCAAGUUUUUGAGACGGAAUAUUCUGAUAUGAUAAUUAAAAUUGAGUACGAUUUUAUAAAUAGCUACCUUGAAUACAAAGAUUUAAAACAUCAAAGUGAUAAAGGUGAUGAAAAAAAUAAAAUAACGAAACCUAAAUUAGAAAUUGACUAUGAAAAGCUAAAAGUAAAUGUUGAAUCCAUAGUAAAUUUAAUUGUAGUAAAAAAUAACAUUGAUUUGUUGUUAAAAAGAGAUGAAAGUUUGAUGAGCAAUGCAUGUAAUAACAGAAAAACUUCAAUUAUGAAUAACUAUUGCUUUAAGAUCUACGUAGACGAUGUUUUUGUUUGUGAAUCAGAUAAUUAUAUGUGUAAGCAGGAUCAAAGUGAAAUAGAUUUUAUCGAAUAUUUAUCCAUAGAAAUACUCCCGCAUAAUAAAUCUUUGAGUAUUGCUUUAUUUGAAAACGAUGAAAAAAUGACUUCGUUUCAAAUUAUGCUUGCUGAUACAAAGAAAAGUACUCUUGAGACUAGUUUAAAAUACAAUUUUGUUUUUGCCAAGACUGAAGAACCCAGCAGUAAGUACAUCGGCUGUGGAUUUGACAUUAAAGAAAUUGCUGCAAAAAAUAAAGUCAGAUUGAAAUCAAGCAAUAUCUUCAAAGGAAAAUUAUGGACUAACUGUGAUCUUAAUAUUCAACUCGAUUGGAAUGAUAAGUACAAUAACAAUCAAUUUGAAUCUAUAAAGUCACAAAUGGACGUAGGGCGACAAAUUAAGCAUUUACUUCUUGGUAAGAAGGAGCCAAGUCUCAACGAAAUAACAGAAAUAGUAAAUCAUUUGUAUGAUACAAAUAUUAAAGAUAACCAAAAUCUAAUGACUGUACUUAAGGAUAUUUGCAAAACUAAAAUUAAAACCAGUAAUGAUUUCAAUAUUAUUGAAAAUGAUUCAGAAAUGACUCGAUUCAAACUAUUACAUUUAAGAGCUAAUGGAGGGCUUUUGGAUUUAGAGAAUAAAACUGUCCCUUUGUUUACAACUCAAAUGUCAACUGAGCUGUUAAGCUGUUUACAAAAGGGUGAUCAGAAAGAUCCCGGUUAUCUUAACUUUGUAAGGGAAACGGAUAAUUCAAUCGAUGUGCAAAGAUUUAUAGGGAUAAAAUUUGUAGAAAAGCUUAACGAAAAUGUUACGAAAAAAGUAAAUGACCAUCUUCUAAAUAUUACGUAUAAAGAUGUUGUAAGAGAUUUUGAAGAUUUGAGUUUAAGAGCUCUUUUUUCAAACCAAACAAACCUAUCUUUGGGUGCAGCGACUAGUGUAUCAAAACAAAAACUUAUUAAAGAUUGUUUGAUAAAGGAGCAAGAAAUUUACAUAACAAUAUACAAAGCAUACAACUUGACGAGCAGGAGUCCCCUUACAAUAACGGAAGAUGACAACGAUAGUGAUAAUAUUGCCGGUUUUAAGGUUCAUCCACUUCGACCAUUAGUUCAAGUGAGCUACCAUGGUUUAACUGGUCAAACCGCUACAGCUAUUGGUCGCCAUCCCUCUUGGAACCAUACUCUCAAAAUUAAAACAAGAUUGGAACCGUUAUCAACAAUCCAUAUAAAUAUUUACGAUCAAUGCAAGGAGCAUCUUAACGAAAUGUCCGAUGAUCAAUCUGCUGCAAAUACCAUCAUUUACCGAAAAUAUAACAAAUGGCUUGGAGCUAUCAACAUACCGUUACACACCGUACUGAGUUUGGGAACUGUCAGAGGCACAUUCAAAGUGAGCGUACCGCCAUUAAUAUUUGGCUAUGAAAACUCUUCUUCUAAACAAUCAGAAUCAACGUUCUCGGUACUAAAUCAACUGAUGAAGAAAGAAAUAUCGUUUUUAGCUUUACAAGUUACGACAAGCAUGUCACAUUUAGGAGGAUUUCAGACCUAUCGCCAACCAAUUACAAAUGUUUCUGAAGCUGAUUUUAUUAUACGGCAUCUAAAUGAAUUUAUGACAGACUAUACUAAUGAUUUUCCUGGGAGAAAUAUAUCGUUAACUUUCAUUGAUAGCACACUGAAGAACAAGUGCGUUUCGGAGUUUUUGCAAGCAAUCCCUGUUCCAGACUAUGAAUGUUUUCCAGUAGAUCCAAAGAAAUCCGAAUCCGCUAGGUCAAAAAGCUCUGUCUAUUCAAAGAGUUCCUCCUCAAGAAGUAGCAGAAAAAAGUCUUCAACAGAAGACAAGGAAUCAGGAAGUGUUGAAAGUUGGAAAAAUGGUGAAAUCCAGUUGAUGAAAUAUAUGGAUGCGGUUGUCAGAUACGUCUCCCUAAUACCGACGUAUGAAGUCACGGAAACUCAUGUCACCACUUUGAUGGGAGUGGAACUUCUGAAAGUGCUAUACGGUUCUCCACUAGACCACACAAUAUUACUAGCUAGUUAUUUCCUCCAUUUAGAAAUCAAAUGCUGGAUCAUUAUCGGGUUUGCCUUGCCACGUGGUCUAAGCAGCUAUGUUUUAGUAGAGCACUUCCAUAAUAAGAUAUUAAGAAGUAACGAUCACAUCAGCACAAGUGGUAUGUGUGGUGGAAAUGAAGGAUAUGUCUGGUACAUUUAUGAUGCUGUUGCUGGGGAGAGAUACGAGUUGAGAGAAAUCGGAUGUCCUUUGAAAACAGUGAGUUAUGUGUUCGACUCGGAAAAUAUAUGGGUCAAUGUUCAGUCAGCGCAAGAUUGUGAAAGCGUGUCUCUUAAUUUCAACAGGUCAUCAGACUGGCAAACUGUAUUCAACAAACCCUUAUUUAUUACAAGACCUGUUAACGAAAGUUUGUACAGUAAGGCGGAAGAUGUAGAAAGUCUGCGAUCAAACUUGGAAACAAAAAUCAAGAAUAAGAUUCAAAAAUGGCGAUCGCUCGUCAAGACUAUUUGGAAUAGAUAUUGCAGCACUCUGUUGCGAGAAAUGCUGCCCCACUGGGAAUAUUGGUCAUUUAAUCCAGGGGAGCCGCGAACAAGCCCCGGCCAUCGUUUCAAACAACUUAUGGCUACCUACAAGAUCUACGGUUUCCCGCUUAACAUGCCGUAUUUAAAUUCGAAGCUCAUAAUUUCCAAGAUAAAAUCCACAGCAAUACACGUAAACGAUGACCCAAACGUGGAAUUUGGUUUAGGCAUUGAAGUUUACGCUUAUCCUAACAAUGUUUUAAGUGUUUGGGUAUUUCUAGCUAGUAUUAUUAGAAUUUAAAAUCUAAUACAUCCAAUACUUUGUUUUAUUUGCCUAAAUUUAUUGCUUGC